AUGGAGGAAUACAAAAAGUAUCUGGCUGACCAGAUCCUGAGUGAGGAGAAAAUUGUCACAUAUCGAAGCCUCAGCCGGGCACUCAAGGUUCAUGUUAACACAGCAAAAGGAAUGCUCUAUGACUUCCACCGGUCACAGAAUGGGAUGCGCCCUGGCACAAUCCAUGCAACCUACCUGAUCUAUGGAACCCAACCAGCACAACAAAAGGUCCAAGAUGAUGGCGAUAUUGAAAUGGCCAGCUCUCCCCCUGAUGUCGAAACUCCUGAAGAUGUUGUCACCCACUCCAUGUCUCUUGUCCCUGGCGACCUCCUAAAGGACACUCUGGCCACUUACGAAGAGGUGACCUCAUUCCAUAUCUACAGUUUGGCGAGGCAUCCUACCAGAGACUUGCAACUUUUAGCAGACGUUCAUCAACAAAUCAAGGAGCAGUCGACGAAUGAGAGUGCAUCCAUGGCAGAGACAUACGGUACCAUCACCAAUCCCAAUGUCCGCAAACGCACCCGCCAAGGAAGAGGACCAGUACCUACACCUGCUGCUCCAGCACCGGCGGCCAAGCCUAUCAAGAAGGAGGUAGCACCUCCCGCAGUCAAGCCCGCAGCCCUUGACUCCAAGGCAGAAGUACCUGUCAAGAAAGAGACCAAGACGCAAACCACAGAGACACCCACGUCCACGGCGGCAACGAAGAAGGGCGCGGCGCCACCAGCAUUAAAGAAGAGUGGCUCGUCUGGCAUUUCGGGCAUGUUUGCCAAAGCCGCAGCCAAGGCUGCAAGCAAGCCGAAAGAGGCCCCGAAACCGGCACCCGUCGAGACGCCCGCACUAUCUGAUGAUGGCGAGGAUGACGAUGAAGACAUUCCCGCCGCAAAAGCCCCUGCCAAUUCUGGAAGAAAGUCGCGAAAGGACCGCGAGGCUGAGCUGAAAUUGAUGAUGGAAGAGAGCGAGGAAGAGGAAGAGCCCGAAGAGAAGGAGGAGGACGAGCCGAUGGAUGAGCCAUUGGAGGAGGCUCCCGAGCCAGAAGCGAAACCUGAACCAGCGGAAGUCGUUUCUAGCACAGGCGACGGCCGUCGGCGUGGUAAGCGGAGAGUCAUGAAGAAGAAGCAGAUUAUGGACGAUCAGGGCUACCUUGUCACUAUCCAGGAACCUGCUUGGGAAGAGUUCUCAGAAGACGAGGCACCCCCGCCUCCCGCAAAGGUGGCCAAGACUUCAUCUGCGCCAAGUUCUGGAAGCCAAGCUGCGAAGCCGAAGAAGCCUGCUCCAAAGGGACAGGGCAACAUCAUGUCCUUCUUUGGCAAGAAAUGA